AUGGGUCAGCAGACAGGGAAGUCUUCCCCAGGACAAGGCCCUAGCUCACUGCUGGCACCAGGGAUACAAUGGCCUGCUGCUCCUGGUCAUCACAGUGGAUGUCCAGCUCCACGUGCCCAUGUACCACCUGCUCGGGCAGCUCUCCUACUCCUACUGGCCUUCAUGGCCUAUGACAGGUACGUGGCCAUUUGUCAUCCUUUGAACUACACAGUUCUCAUGAGGCCGAGGGUCUGCUGGAUCAUGGUGGCCACAUCCUGGAUCCUGGCAUCCCUGAGUGCCCUCGUAUAUACUGUGUAUACUAUGCACUAUCCCUUCUGCAAAGCCCAGAAGAUCAGGCACCUGCUCUGUGAGAUCCCACCUUUGCUGAAGUUGGCCUGUGAUGAUACAUCCAGGUAUGAGCUCAUGGUAUAUGCGACAGGUGUGACUUUCCUCUUACUCCCCCUUUCUGCCAUUGUUGCCUCCUACACACUAAUCUUAUACACUGUGCUCCACAUGCCCUCAAAUGAAGGGAGGAAGAAAGCCCUGGUCACCUGCUCUUCCCACCUGACUGUGGUCGGAAUGUUCUAUGGAGCUGCCACCUUCAUGUAUGUCCUGCCCAGUUCCCUGCACAGCCCCAGAGAAGACAACAUCAUCUCUGUUUUGUACACAAUUGUCACUCCAGCCCUGAACCCCCUCAUCUACAGCCUGAGGAAUAAGGAGGUCAUGUAG